AUGAAACGCAAUCUUUUACUCUGCGUUGACGCCUUUGGGACUUUGUUCCGUCCUCGCAGCCCCAUUGCCGAGCAAUAUGGUAGUGUGGCUAGGCGUAUGGGCGUCAAGAUUUCUGAUGAUGAAGUUGCAAAGAGUUUCAAGGCUGCAUUCAAGGAGACUUCGAAGAAGUAUCCGAAUUAUGGCAAAAAGACAGAUAUGGGCGCGAGACAGUGGUGGACCGAGGACGGCUAUACCCUCUUCCCAGACGUCUCCUACCUUCAAAAACUCGCUCUCUCGCCUCAACGCCAAAAGACCGCCAACAACAGACUAGUCAUCGGCAUGAUCACAAACUCCGACGACAGAGUACCUGACGUAUUAACCUCAUUGGGUUUACGUGUAAAUGGUUUACGGUAUAAGUCCACCACCAGCGACAAUAAAAAAGCAGAGACGGGAGAUGAGCAGCAUCAACAGGAUAUAGAUUUCUGCAUCAUGUCCUACGAUGUCGGUGUUGAGAAACCGUCGCCUCAAAUCUUUGACGCUGCAGUCGAGACUUUGGCUUCUUUACUUGCUUCCGAGGGCAACGCCUACGACGAAAAAGACUGGGGGCUUCUCUAUGUAGGCGAUGAAGUUGGUAAAGAUGCAAAGGGUGCUGUAAAUGCUGGUUGGGAUGCUGUGUUAUUGGAUAGAGGCGGUGAGGUGGAUACAGCCUAUGAAGGCGAUGCUGCAGGUGUUGAUGGUUGGAUCGAGGUUGAGGGUAAGAAAGUGCCUGUUUUGGAGGGCAUUGGGGCAUUGGGAGAGUAUGCAGGGGGGCAUGAGUUGUUGAAGGUCUGA